CACCACACCAUUCCAAUCGCCAUGUCGAGUGCUGCCCUGGCUUAUGUGGACCUUCAGGUGCACUGCUUGAAUGGCACUGUGGUGCAUUUCAAGGAUGUACCGACGCAGAUGUUGGGACGGGAACUUCGACGAUUGAUUUCAAGUGAACUUCCUGCAAAGCCAGGUGGUACUCUUUGCUUGUCCUACCAGGAGAAACCGCUGGUGAUGGACCAAACCCUGCUACAGCAAGGAAUUGCUGGUGCUGUGGCCUUAUCCUGCACCUACAUGGCCACCGAUGUCUGUCGCGCUUGGUCCUUUCUGCGGGGCAUGGGCUUCACUUGCGAAACGGCAGACGUCUUGGAAGGGCUGACCCUGGUGGGACUGCCGGCGAUUCAUUACCUGAAGUAUGCUCCCAGAACUUUGCAAACCUUGGUCUUGAACGACAACGAGCCGUUGCAAGAGGUAGUCAAGUGGCCAGCUGAUCUGCGAAGUUUGACCCUGGGCAGAUCCUUUGACCAGCCACUGCAGGGCGGGUUGCCCGGAACUUUGCAGUCUUUGACCUUGGGGGAUAGCUUCAACCAGAGCCUGAGAGGCCUAAGUUGGCCAAGCAGUCUGCAAAGUUUGACGCUGGGGAACCUUUACAACCAGGACUUGGAAGGUGUUAGCUUUCCACAGACUCUGACAACUUUGACAUUUGGUGAUCAAUUCAACCGGAAGCUGGACGCUGUGUGCUUCCCAGCGGGUUUGAAGACUCUGACCUUUGGAAGGGAUUUCAACCGAAGCCUGGAACGGGCAGCCUUCCCUGAUGGUCUUGAAAGCAUGACGUUCGGCAGGAACUUCAAUCAUGCACUGCCGGUGAUUUUGCCCAGCUCCCUCCGGAGCCUGAAGCUGGGCUUGGAGUUUAAUCACAGCUUGGAUGGUGUGAAAAUCCCCAGGCAUUUGCAGAGCUUGACGUUGGGUGAUGGAUUCAAGCAGAGCUUGGCAUGCGUGCUCUUGCAGAGCAGUCUUCAAAGCUUGGCUUUGGGAUACCACCUGCCCGCGAACCUCGAGAAGGUGCUACGAAUGAAGAGCUUGCAAAGCUUGAGCUUCGGAGUGGGCUUCAAUCAGAGUCUCAGGAACAUCAGCUUGCCAGACAAUCUUCAAACUUUGGUGUUUGGCCGAACUUUCAAUCAGACGCUGCGAGGUGUGAAACUGCCACCCCUCAAAACCUUAAUCUUUGGCCACGACUUCAACCAGAACAUGGAGGGAACCAGCCUGCCGGCUGAUCUGCAGAGCUUGACCUUUGGGUGUUUGUUCAACCAGAGCCUGGAAAAUUUGAAAUGGCCAGGGGGCCUGAAAUCUUUGACCCUUGGCAAAACCUUCAACCGGAGUCUGAAGAAAGUCUGUUUCCCCUGCGGUCUGCAGAGCUUGACGUUCGGAGCCAAGUUCAACCAAAGUCUGGAGAAGGUGAUGCUGCCAUUGGGUCUUCAAAGUUUGACCUUUGGUCACUGCUUCAACCAGAGCCUGGAGGCUGUGAGGCUCCCCCAAAACCUUCUGACCUUGACCUUCGGUGCAUCUUUUCAGUGCAGCCUGGAGGAGGUAGACCUGCCCGAAAGCCUGAAGACCUUAACGCUGGGUGAAAGUUUCAAUCAGAGCCUCAGCGGAGUCGCAGUCCCUCCCAGUCUUCAGGCGUUGAUCUGCACCGGCGGCUUCUUUUGGGUCGACGGCUGCGUGGCACUGCCACGCUCGCUGACGACCGUCAGCUGCCACGGCAUCACCGUGAGCACCGAAGGGUCUAACGACAGUCCAACUGUGCCCGGCUUGUGGCGAAAAAGGAACGAGGGUCGGCAAGGGGUGAAGAAGAAGCUUCCCCUGCAGACGCUUCAGUGUUUGAUCGAGUACCUGAAUCCCCAGUUGGAGGUGCUUUGCGUGGAGAAAGAAGUGACAGACCAACAGGAGGUGUUAAGGUUCUUGAAGGCGACUACUCUGGUUGGCAUCUUGCCGGUGCCUCAUCCCAUCGUCAUUCGCACCUACCAGGCCAGUCCCUACACAGCCAUGUGGUUCACAUCCUACAUGUGGGGGGUGAUCUUUACCCGAUCGCAGCGAAUGCCCCUCUAUGACUGGAAGAAGAUUCGCCUGGUAAAGGACUCAGCGAAUCAAUGCCGUGCCAUGCCGUGCCCAGUUCUUGGAGAGUGCGGGAUGCUCAUCAAUCCAUCUUCAUAG